AUGUCGAACGUUGAACUCUGGGACAUAAGGAAUUUCGGUCAAGGACCUCAAGGAAUGAACCUUGUGGAGAUCUACACGCCCAAUCUCAAUGGAUCAGGGCGUUGGAAGCGUUUCGACUACGAGAUUGUCGAGGACAUGCCACUCCCGGUUGUGUUCAUGUCAAUCCAAGAGCGUAACACAUUCGUCCGGCUUCAUCUAGAGGCCAGCCUUUUGCGAUAUGAGCAUCCGGAAAUUGACAUUGAUCAAAUGCGCCAAUUUUUCUCCAAUUGCCCUCCACCGAAGAGAGUAGGAGCUGGACGAAGGAUGUAUGUCUCUGUAAGCUCGGAGCUACUGCGAGUGAUUUUCUCCCAAGAAUUUGUAGAACAGAAGGAGCGCGAAAUUCGAGAGGAGCGUGAGAGAUUUCUUCAUGAACUUGCAGAGGCAGGCGAAGAAAUUGUGUUCAGUGACGGAGACGAUUCCGGACACGAGGACUACUGA